AUGGAGCGUCUGUUAGGCUCGCGGCCUUCCUUUACGAACGACCCACGCCCUACACUCCAAACUGCGCCGCAUUCUCCACGCGGCGCCCCCUACGAAGAGUUUGGCGAGUCACAGAAUGUGCUUAAAGCACCUUCUGCUCUUGCACUGGCUAUUCGUCGCUCAAACGAGGUGCACGCUCAGGCUAUGGCAGAAAUGCCCACCGGUGCGCCGGUAAAAAAGGGCUCGAGCACGCGUGUUGUUGACGCAACAACACCAACGCGUGCGCCCGUACGUAUUGUAUCUGUGAGCCCUGGCUCUUACUCUGGAGUAGGAACGCUGGCACGCAACAAAAAGCGCGCCGCGCACCGUGCAAAGCAGCGCGAGGCACGGCGUGCCAAAAAAACAUGA